AUGUCGGUACAGUACAUAAGUUUUACGUUGGCAUUUGCGAUCAAAGACAAAGAUCGUGAAUCGCCUACAGGGACUCAUGACAGGCGCCUUGAAGCAAAGGAAUCGGUGGCCCGUCCUAGUCGGCAUUCAUUCGCAAAGAAGUACGGGGAGAGAAGCAAGGUCGUGACAGAUGAGAAUGCACUGAACGUGCUCGGAGAUCGAUGGGUCGAGCGAAGCCGUGACCGAUCGCCGCCUUGGAUCUCCAGCCUUGUCACGUUCAUCGACCAUUUUCGAGGGACCAAGAGGAGCUGCAAAUUCUGGGAGUUGGCGAGUGCAACGCGGCCGUACAAGCGAACGCGACAUCGUUUGGUCCAAGCACUGCAGACGAGACAGCGAGCGGCCAAGGCCGAGGGAUUCGCAUCUUCUGCUGACCUAAACGCAAAUGUGAAUGAGACACAUCAGCAUGAGCGAACAAAGAAAAAAAGAGAAUAG